GAUGCGCUCACUUAGUUAAAUCUGAGAGCUGUCAUCUGACUGCUGUACAGGAUAAACAUCGCCGACACAGGGUCAAGUCCUGACGCUUAUAUAAAAGUAUGUCCAACACGGGAGGUCGCAGACUGAAACAGUGGCUGGUGGAGCAGAUCCAAAGUUCGCAGUACCCCGGACUAGAAUGGGAGGAUGAGAGCCACACACUGUUUCGCAUUCCUUGGAAACAUGCAGGGAAACAGGAUUAUAACCAAGAAAUUGAUGCAUCCAUUUUUAAGGCCUGGGCUGUUUUUAAAGGCAAGUUUAAGGAGGGGGACAAGGCUGAGCCUGCCACAUGGAAGACCAGACUGCGGUGUGCCCUGAAUAAAAGCCCUGAUUUUGAGGAGGUGACAGACAGGUCGCAACUAGACAUCUCUGAGCCCUACAAAGUCUAUCGCAUUGUUCCUGAGGAAGAACAGAAAAUUGGUAAAAGCACAUCAAUGGCCAUGGCAACUACCAGCAGCUCUGGUGAUAUUACUGACAUGGACUGCAGUUCUGGAGACAUAGAGGAGUUCAUCAAAGAGGAGGAAGGCUGUAACAUCCAGGCCAGUCCAGAAUAUUGGUCCCAAAGUAGCAUUAAUGCCUUCCCAAUGCAUCAGGACCCUCUGCCAGUGUUGUGUUCAGCUUUUUCCCAAAUGAUGAUCAGUUUCUUCUAUGGUGGGAAGCUGGUGCACACUGCUUUGGCUACACAUCCUGAGGGCUGCCGGAUCUCCCCGGUCCAACAGCAUCUGGGGCGCAGCGCCCUCUACAGUUCAGAGACCAUGCAGAGUGUUCAUUUCCCCCCCGCCGAGCACAUUGAGUACGAUCGCCCACGCCAAAUUACGCGGAAGCUCCUUGGCCACCUGGAGAGGGGUGUGCUGGUUCGUGCCAACCGAGAAGGCGUCUUCAUUAAGAGGCUGUGCCAGAGCCGUGUCUUCUGGAGUGGGCUGGGUGGAGUGGGCCCCCAGUACAGCCCUGUGCCUUGUAAACUGGAGAGGGAUGCUGUGGUGAAGAUCUUUGACACAGAAAGGUUCAUUCAUGCUCUCCAGUUAUACCAGGAGGGCCAGUUCCCUGCUCCUGACCCCACUGUGACUCUGUGUUUUGGAGAGGAGCUCCAUGACAUCAGCAAUGCCAAGAACAAACUCAUCAUUGUGCAGAUCACAGUUGUGAACUGUCAGCAGCUGCUGGAGGCGGUGAACAUACGGCGUACACAGCCCUACAGCAACAGCUCCAACCUGGACAUCACUGAUGAGGUGGCCAGUGACCAGAUGGCCCGCAUCUACCAGGACCUUUGUAGUUACAGCGCCCCCCAGAGGACAGCCUGCUACAGGGACAACAUGCCCAUUACUGCCUGAGCCAUCAGCAGGGUAACAGACCCGACAGGGGCUGUUCAGCAUGUACACUGAUUGUGGAAUAUGUUAGGGGGAAAAUGAAGUACACUGAUGAGGUGAAGCCAGUUAAAAGCCUUUAUCCCUUAUUGAUUUCGCUUAUUAAAUCUAUACCAAUCACAAAGGAGGAGAAGUAGAUAGAGACACGCAGAACAACUUCAGAAGGAUCUUCAGAAGCUUUGAGACAAGUGAGAUUGUGUAAAAAGGGGCUGCAACUCACUGUCAUGAAACUGUCCCUAAUAUUUUGUACAUUCAGUGUGCAUGAACAGCGCUAACACAGGCCUUGGUGUUCUAACUGCUGUUACCAUGAAGCUCGAGAAAAUGUAGCACAUGCAGUAGGACUCACUGUUUUACAGUAUAUUCCACACAUCUAUAGUUUUGUUUGGUUUUCAAAAGAUUUAUCCAUUUCAUCUUCAUAGUAAGUCUGCUAUCCUUUACUCAGUUUCAGUGAAAGAAAUUGUAUUGAGUUCCUAGUGAAUGAUAUUUACGUUCUCGUCUGCAUCUUGGAAGACCGUGUCAUUCACAUUGCAGUACAGCCAGUGGGUGUUAAAGCUGAAAUCCGUGGUUUCUCCCAUUUCACCAUUUUGUCCCCUUGAGGUAUCUGGAGUAUUUAAAAUGACAUUCACACUACAGAAAAAAAGGUGCAGCAGCCAGUAUCACUUUGUGCGCUCUCAGCUCACGAGGAAACAGUUCACAUUGUAGUCAAAUUGAUAGUAACAGUACCUUACAGUGUAUGUCACUAGCAUACGUCUUUGGUCAGGCCGGUAUGCUAUCUACCAAACAGCACCCAGCUACCCAAACAACAUUUGUGCUACCUGGUCAAAACAUUUAUUAGUCAUCUAUGCAGAGUAUCCCCGACCAUGGUAAUACUGUAAACUGACUCCAUGAUCCAGAUGAAUUAUUUAUUAAAAAAAAAAGAAGAAAAAAAAAGUCCCGGAUUCCAGCUUUAAGGGUUAUUGA